AUGACUAUCAACGAAGGCCAAAGCACUAUGUCUCUUAAUGAUGGUAAGGGAGGCGCUCCAUCAAUGGAUUGGGGGCAUCAGUACCAGAAUUUGCAGGAAGGAGGUCUGGCAGAUGCCGACAAAGACCCUUAUAUUGGGGACGUUACUCACAAGGAACCCAUCUUGUCGCCUGACUCCGAUGUCAAAGCAUUGGUGAUUGGCGCCGGAAUUCACGGUGUCUCAACGGCUUAUCAUUUGAUCCACGAUACUGGAAUCAAGACAGAGGAUCUGGUUAUCAUCGACAGGGCUGGUGGCUGGGGAGGCACUUGGUACUGGAACCGUUAUCCAGGCGUCAUGUGCGAUGUGGAAGGCUAUUCAUAUCUUCCCUUGUUGGAGGAGUCUGGCUUCAUCCCAAGUCAGAGAUAUCCUACCGGUUUCGAAAUUCGUUCUCACAUUGCGAAAACCGCCAACAAGUUCGGCUUCAAAGCGGACUUUGGGGUCACCGUCAAGGGUUUGAGCUGGGACGAGUCAAAGAGUCGAUGGAAUGUCAAGUUGUCCCGAACUUUGGCUGACGGCGGACAGUCCGAAUCUUUUGAUAUUACGGCUCAAUGGGUCACUCUCUCGACUGGGUUCUUACCUAACCCCCAAAUUCCGAAGCUGCCAGGCUUUGCUAGCUUCCGCGAUUCGCCCAGCAGGUCCGUCAUGCACACUGCUCGUUGGGACUGGAAUAUCUCUGGCGGCUCGCAGGAGCAGCCUGAUAUGGUCAACUUUCGAGGAAAACGAGUUGGCAUUGUUGGCACGGGGCCUACAGCCGUCCAAGUCGUCCCACACGUUGCCAAGUGGGCCGACAAGUUGUUUGUCUUCCAGAGGAAUCCCGAAUAUGUUGGUAAACAUUACCAGCAAGAGACAACAAGGGAAAUGUGGGAGCAGGUCGCUUACAAAAGGGGAUGGCAUGUAGAGCGCAUGCUCAACAUGGACUACUGGUAUGCCGAACUGCCCGGCCGAGUUGAUCGUGUCCAGGAUGGAUGGACUGAGAUUCCCGGGCUGAGGGGCUUGACUGGCACCCCACUUGACACAGUCAGACCCGGCGAAGAAGAAUCGACCAUUCAGAAGCUCUUGGCCCAAGAUUAUGAGUGGACCGCAAAGAUGCGGCACAGGGUCUGCAGAGAAGUCGACGACCCUGUCGUUGCGGAGUCACUACAGCCAAGGGGGCCCAGCUUCUGCAAGCGGCCGGCUUUCCAUAACACCUACCUUUCCAGCUUCAAUAAGCCCAACGUUACCUUGGUAGACACCAGGGGUGCGGGUAUAGUCGCAUGUACUGACAAAGGAGUCAUCGCUAACGAUCAGGAGCAUGAGCUUGAUGUGCUCAUUCUUGCAACUGGGUAUACCAGCUCGGUCUUUGAUAGCAGCCCCACCAGCGGUAUCAAAGCUCCCAUCAUUGGCAGGAAAGGACGAUCGCUCAAGGAGAAGUGGAACGGAGAUGAGUUCGGCGUUAUGUUCGGACUUGCCACCAGUGAAUUUCCAAACCUUUUCUUUUUCACACCGGCCGGUUCCGGCUUGUCGGUCAACCUGACAGCCAGUCUAGACACUAACGCCCGGUACAUUGCUACUAUCAUGCGACGAGCCCUUGAAAAUGCGUCGGAUCCCGCAUCUGUUGUUCUGGAAGUCUCGAAGGAAGCAGAAGCCGAGUACACCAGGCAGAACACCGAGAAAGGGAGAUGGUUUAGUGGCGUUGCCAGCUGCCUGCCUGGUUCAAUGGUGAAGCCAGAUGGCUCUGGAUUCAGAGUUCGGACUCUUGAGGAAGACGGCCUCAAGCGAAAUCCUUGGGGAGGAGGUCUUUUCGAAAUGGCCAUACCAGAGGAAUUGAUCGAAAAAUAUGCUGCCGAGCGGACGAAGCGACUCCGUCCCGACCAGGUCGCUCAAUAUGUUGACUUUCGAGACCCUGUGCUUUCUGGCAUGGAUACCGACCCCUACGUUGACCACGACGCUCUUGCUUCCAAAGACUGCCCGCUUAGGGAUGGAUCUGAGGUCAAGGUUCUCAUCGCUGGAGGUGGGAUGCUGAGCUUGAUGGUCGGUCACCGCCUGGUGACUGAAGCUGGCAUCAGCAGCACCGACCUCGUCAUUGUUGACAAGGCGGGAGGCUUCGGGGGCACGUGGUACUGGAACCGGUACCCCGGUGUCGCGUGCGAUAUUGAGGGAUACUGUUAUGUGCCUCUGCUCGAGGAAACUGGCUACAGGCCCAGGCAUAGAUAUUGUCACGGCCAUGAGAUUCGAGAACAUCUUGAACGGAUUGCUCAUACAUGGAAUAUCCAAGGCCAGUUUGCAACUACAGUGACUGGUCAAAGCUGGGAUGAAGAUGAAAAGCGCUGGGUCGUCACCUUGAGCCGCAAUCUAGGUCCCGGUCGUGAGCCAGAGCACCUUACUGUUCGGUCACAGUUCUUGAUCCUGGCCGGCGGCAUACAGACGGCCCCUCACGCCCCAAAGUUGAAUGGAGUCCAAGUCUUUGGCAGUUCUCCAGACAAGAUACUCAUGCAUACUGGACGCUGGGACUGGUCGAAGAGCGGUGGAUCACAGGAGAACCCAGACAUGGUCAAAUUCCAGGGCAAGAGAGUCGGCAUCAUUGGAACGGGUGCCACAGCGGCCCAAGUCGCCCCUCAUUUGGCAAAGUGGGCAAAGCAUCUCUACGUCUUUCAGCGCACGCCGUCGUACGUGGGACCGCAGGUACAAAAGGAAGUUACAGAUGCAGAUUGGGCCCAGGUGGCUAAUGAGCCCGGUUGGCAAUAUGAACGGAUCAAGAACCUGGACGCCAUGUUUACGGGAAAGCCGGAUGUCGUGAACAAAAUACACGAUGGCUGGUCCAAGGUACAUGGAAUGAGAGCCAUGGCGGGCUAUUCAGGCAAAAUCAUCACUCGAGAAAUGGAGGAACAACACGUCAAGGACAUGAUGGAUAUAGACCAUCCAUGGGCGGAAGAAAUGCGCUCACACGUCGACGCCGUGAUCAAGGACCCGUCGACAGCCGAAAAGCUCAAAGCAUGGUACCCUGGCUUUUGCAAGCGCCCAACCUUUCACGGAGUCUAUCUCAGCAUCUUCAAUGAACCCAAUGUGACGCUGGUUGACACAGACGGCCAAGGUGUCGAGGCUUACACCCCAAAUGGCGUCAUGGCUAAUGGCAGUGAAUACGAGCUCGACGUUCUUAUAUUGGCAACGGGUUACACCGUUGGAUUGGUCGACUCCUGCCCUUCAUCCGCACUCGCUGCACCUCUCACUGGACGAGACGGCCGGUCGUUGAAGAGUAAGUGGGAUGGAGAAGAUUAUGGCACCUUCUAUGGUGCCAUAACUAACGGAUUUCCAAACCUCUUCUUUGCCUCGGGGAAUGGUGGCUCAGUGUCCCAGAAUGCGCACAGCUUUUAUAGUCUCAUUUCUCGACUGAUCGCACACAUAGUCAAUAGGACUCUCGAACGUGCACAGAACCCGGAAAGAGCAAGCGUCGAAGUCGAAAAGGGCACCGAGGAUGCCUGGUCGGCCAAAAUUGCGGAGCGGGCGCGAUGGUUUGCUGCUUUCCCUGCCUGCACCCCGGGAUAUUUGACUGGCGAGGGUCUUCUCCAGAGUCAGACAAACCUCACAGAAGAAGAAGAGCAUGCAAUGGCCAUUAGGUCCUAUUGGGGUGAAGGUAUCCUCAGCUUCCAGGAGAUUGUUGAAGGGUGGAUGGAGGGGGCCAAACUCCAAGGACUGAGAGUUGACUCCUGA